GCGCAGCGCAGCGCGGCGACCAUGGUGGCGCGUCCCUGAUUGCCUCUCCCCGGUGGGGACGGCCGCGGGGCGGCGGCGGCGGCCCGUGCCCCGGCGGGCGGGGGCGCGGGAUGACCGGGGUGCUGGAGAGCCUGGUGCCGGACAUGCACGCCAGCCAGAUCUCCGCCGGCAGCUACCACCAGCACGGCGGCCUGCACAAGCCGCAGGAGUCCCCCACGCUGCCCGUCUCCACGGCCACCGACAGCAGCUACUACACCAACCAGCAGCACGGGGCGGCGGGCGGGCCGCCCUACGGCCCGGUGGGCUCCUACCCCUACGCGGGCGGCGGCACCGCCCCCUACUCCGCCAAGGCCGGCUACGACCUGGGCUACCAGGCCGCCUACGGCUCCUACGGGCCCUACGGCAGCAGGGCCUCUCCGGCCAACAACGACUCCGCAGAGAAGGAAGACUGCGAGCCGGAGAUCAGGAUCGUGAACGGGAAGCCGAAGAAAGUGCGGAAGCCCCGGACCAUCUACUCCAGCUUCCAGCUGGCGGCUCUGCAGAGGCGCUUCCAGAAAACCCAGUACCUCGCCCUGCCCGAGAGAGCGGAGCUGGCGGCCUCCCUCGGCCUCACCCAGACACAGGUGAAGAUCUGGUUUCAGAACCGCCGCUCCAAGUUCAAGAAGAUGUGGAAGAGCGGCGAGAUCCCGGCGGAGCCGCCCCCCCGCCGCAGCGCCUCGCCGCCGCCCCCCGCCUCGCCCCCCGCCUGGGACUUCGCUCCGCACCCGCGCACGGCGGGCGGCACCGCCAGCCCCAGCCCCGCCGCCGCCUUCCUCGGUAGCUACUCGUGGUACCCGCCGGCGCCCGGCGGCCCGGCGCACCUGCCGGCGGCCGCCCCCCUCCCGCAGCCGGCGCAGCCCCCGCACCACCACGGCGGCGGCGGCGGCGGCAUCUUCUAG